UGGCCACCUCAACUGCCUUUGUAUGAAGAAGAUGCACAAUUGCACAUCUCUCCAAUAUUCCAAUCACCUCAGUGCAAGUGCAAAGUGCAAAGUGCAAAGUGCAAAGUGCAAAGUAAUGGAAGGAAGAAGAUUCAGGAGACAAAGAGCGCGCACUCACACCCUUUUACCCCUGCGCUCUACCAGUCUCUCAAACACCAUUUCUUGCUGGUAUUGUGACCUUAAGAUUUCCCGCUUCAACGAACCCCUUUACCAUUUUGGCCACAAAUAUGCCAGGUACUUGAGAGUUUGGUUUUCAGUGGGAGUUGGUUUUGGCUUAAGCUUGCUCUUUGGAGUCACCAUGAUUCUUAUUUGGGAAUCAGUGGCUACUCUAUGUCUAUCGAACGGAAGCGAUAAGAUUGGUGAUAUUUUCAGCUCCUUACUCUUUGGUGUUGAGUCUUCGGUUUUUGGCUUUACAAUGUCGAUAACUGAUGUUGCAUACUUGAUUGUUUCUACCGUGAUAUCUGUAGCAGUGCAUGAAUUCGGACAUGCUGCUGCUGCUGCUAGUGAAGGCAUACAGCUGGAGUACAUCGCCAUAUUUCUUGCUGUUCUUUUUCCAGGGGCACUAGUUGCACUAAAUUAUGAAGUAUUGCAAGCUAGGCCACGCUCUACUGCCCUUCGCAUAUACUGUGCCGGUAUCUGGCACAAUGCUGUGUUAUGUGCAGCUUGUGGAUUGGCACUGUUGCUAUUGCCUGUAAUCCUCUCUCCUUUCUACAUACACGGAGAUGGCCUCAUGGUAUUAAGUAUUUCUGGAAGCUCACCGGUGUCUGGUUAUCUGUCUCCUGGUGAUAUUGUUCUGUCAUUGGAUGGAAGUAAGAUUCACAAUGCACAAGAUUGGAUAGAACUGACAACUUAUCUGGAAAAACGAUCGUUGGCAAGCCUUGAGUCCAAGGUUAUGAAUGGAUAUAUAACCAUUAAUAGGAGGACUUACUGUGUGCCAAGUGUUUUGGUGGAAAAAAGUGAAAUGGUGCUCUUGAUGAGUAACCGAUCCACUUGUCCUGAUGAGCACUUUGCUUUUGUGUCUGUUCCCUGCUUUGACUCAAGUGCUCAUUCUUCCGGCGAAGAUGCAUAUGUUAUUCAGAGAAUUGAUAAUAAUGGAUAUUGCCUCCAUUCUGCUGAUAUUGUCAAGCUUAAGAAUUGUGGAAGCUUGUGGACAACCAGUGAUAAUAGAAGUAGCUGUAUAUGCUCAAUGAGUGAGCUCUGCUUGUCGCCAGUUCAAAUGCCUGGUGUCGUGUGGGUUGAGAUCCAGUAUAAAAGUCCUUACUCUCAUCGAUGCAUGAAACUUGCAAAGAACUUGACAGCUGUUGAGAGUUCUGCUUCUGGGGAAUAUUGUCAAAAUACUUUCCUCUAUGUUGGCGAUGUGAUUUCUAUGGCACAUUCUGUGAAGAUGACAUCAUUUCAGCCACGUUUUACAUCUCUUUUUGGUGCAUAUCUACCAGAUAUGUUAGAGAAGAUUUUUGCAUGUACCUUCCAAGUUUCAGUAGCUUUGGCCCUCCUCAACAGUCUUCCGGUCUACGGUCUCGAUGGCGAAGCUAUAGUGGAGGCGAGCUCUUUUUAUGUAACUGUUUUGAGUCCUGGGAGUAGGAGACUGUUGCUUCGAACUUUCCUCUUUGGGGGAUCCGUCGUUUCUUGCUUUGUUUUCUUGAGAAUAUUUCUCAUCAAAUUUUGGUAAGAUUAAUUUUUAAUUCUUUUUAGCUUCAUCCUGGAAUUCAUGGAAUAUUUGGUUGUUUCGCAAGUAAUACAUUAAGGGAGGUUAUGAUGCCUUCCUUGUCUGUAUCUCUGCAUCAAUGCCAAGUGCUAAACAUAUGUUAGCUUGAAGGUUAUCAUCUUGAGAAUUGAAUAUGGAAAUAUCAAGUACAUAAAAGGCAUAGUUAUUCA